AUGGUCCGAAAAAGUAUAAAUGAUGGCUUUGGCUCGACAGACCACCAACUGACGGUUGGUUCCUUUCCCACCACACACCACAGACAGCAACAGCGGCUACGCCGUAGGAUCGGGAGGGGUACACCCACCUGCUCUGUGAUCUCUUCUACAAUGCCGCAGACGGACCGUGACGCACUGGUUGCCCUGUAUGACGCGGCCGGUGGGUUUAACUGGAAGAACAAUGGUAACUGGAACGCGGAUGCAGACCUGUCGAAAUGGCAUGGAAUCAACAUCAACGACCAGGGCCGCGUUGUGGAGGUACAUCUAGCCGCCAACAACCUCCAAGGCUCCAUUCCCGAGGCGCUGGGGGCUCUCAGCAAGCUGGAGAGGCUGUGGCUUAGCCACAACCAGCUAACCGGGACGAUACCGGAGACGCUGGGGGAGUUGAGUGCGUUAGUAGUGCUGCACCUCGGACGCAACCAGCUGACCGGAAACAUUCCCGAGGAGCUAGGAGCCCUGAGCAAGCUGCGGGUGCUUGCGCUGUACAACAACCAGCUCACCGGCGAAAUUCCGGCGCGGCUAGGACAGCUCUGCAACCUGCAGGAUAUCUCCCUAGCCCACAACAAGCUUCGUGGCUCCAUACCCGAGGUGCUGGGGACUCUCAGCAACCUGCGGGAACUGCGACUCAGCGACAAUCAACUUACAGGAUGCAUCCCGAAGGAGCUAGGAGCUCUGACUAAGCUGGAGUUGCUUACACUCUACGUCAACGUUCUUACCGGCAUUAUCCCCCCGGAGCUAGGAAACCUUGGCGUCCUCCGAGAUCUCAGGCUUUUCAAAAACAUGCUGACAGGCUCCAUCCCCGCAUCACUAGGACAGCUCCGCAACCUCGAGAAACUCGACCUCAGUGACAACCGGCUCGACGGCGGGAUCCCGAUGUCGCUAGGACAGCUCGACAAGCUGCAAAGGCUGUACCUCAACCAGAACAUGCUGAGCGGCCCAAUCCUGAAGGAGCUCGGCGACCUUAGGGCCCUCACGCACCUCGGCCUGUACGAAAACGACCUCAUCGGUUAG